AUGUACCUUCCUUACGAUAUGAUCUUAUAUGAGCUGCAAGUGUGGCGACUGCUUGAAUUUAAUGAAGAUACAGGAAAAACUGAAUUAAUGUGGAACCUUGAAACACCAUACAUAAAGGACUCUCUUGGCAUGCCGUGCAUAAGAAAUCAAAGUGCCUCAACUCUUCUUAUAUCUUCCAUGUCGAUACCUGCAUCCCCGAAUCCCAUAUGUUAA